AUGGAAAUGUCCAUAUCCGUUUUAAAAAAUUUUGUCGGUGGUCUCUCGCCGCGCAUGCAGUGGACCUCGUUCUCUUCCAUUAACAAAGAAAAACCAGAGCUGUUCCACACCUUCUUCACGAUUUUUGUUCUCGAUCCUGUUGAUAAAAAAAGCCGGAAUUUGAUGAAAGUGGCUUGUUCGUUGUUUGAGCACGAGGUACCUUUAAGAAUUGGAAUUUCUUUCGCUCCCAGGAGCAAACGAGCUGUUAAUGGCAUUGAAGAUGCCGGAAUAGCUGUGUUGAACCUGUUUAAUUUUCUCGCAGUCGAUAACACAUAUUACCAUGCUCUUCGAACAAUUGUUGAAGUAGGUUUUAUGUGA